CAAAAACAAUGAGGACGCACGACGCGCAACUCGCUCCAAGCGUCUCCAACAGCGACGGAGUUUUCCCCCCCGGAGGAUCCGUAGCAUGUGUCCGCGCGCUCACCGGAGGGAGAAGGACCACGGGAAUAUAACUUGACAACCAGAGGAGUUUGUUAUCUUUUACUGAAGGGGAGAAAUCAUGCCUUUCUGCAAGCGGACGAUACUUCCCAAAGAUGUAUGCAAGCCUGACGCCAGGAGUCUGCCGCACAAGCAGGCGGAGGUUUUCGGAGACCUGGCGGAUGUUUGCAGCUUCACCCUGUGCUCGGUGCUCCGGCAGCUCUCCGAUCUGUCCCGGCACUCGGUGGGCAUCCUGCAGGAGCUGGAGGGGGACCUGGCGUCCGUGUGCCACCGGUCGCGCGCGCUGGAGGGCAGAGUGGUCCGGCUGCAGAGGCACGUCGCGGAGCUGGUCAGCAAACCUCCACCGAGAGCCACCAGCGGUCUAGAGGCGGAGAGCGGCAGGCGCGGUGGCAGCAGCAGCAGCAGCAGCCACGGCGACGGCAUCCACAGCAGCAGCAUCAGCGGCGGCGGCGGAGGAGGAGGAGGCAGCAACAGCAGCAGCGGCGGCGCGGCCCACUUCAGGUCUCCAUGGCAACAGAGCGUGAACGUGUUCGGCUCGUGGAGCAGGCCGGAGUGUGUCGAAGAGCUGCACCAGCAGGCGCAGCUCAACCUCCAGAGCCUGCUGCAAGACUUUGAGGAGCAGUUGUACGACACCAAGCUGACCGGUCAGACGUUCCGGCAUCCGUCGUCGCAGAGCUCCGACGACACAUCAACCUCGCUCAGCCGCUCGCCCAUCUCCCUCAACAACAAGAGGCCUGACUUCAUCUUCCUGCCGGCGUCCAAACAGCUCUACGAAGAUGAAACCACCUCCUCAGUGUUUGGGUUGAGGUCCGUGACCGACCCGUCUCCCUCCCCGUCCCCAUCGCCCUGCAGCUCAGAUCGCCCCCCGCUUGGUUGGAGUAGCAACAACAGCAGCAGCAGCACCGCCACAUCUGCUACCACCGGACCUCCUGUCGCAGAGAAACCACGCUGGCAUCUGGGAAGACGCAGCCACUUCCUACCGCUUGACAUCACAGGUGAAACAGGAGGAGGGAAAUUCCACGGUGUCGACCUUCUCCAGCACUCCCCUUCCCCAUCCCCCUCUCCUGGGGACCCCUUCCCCCACCAGCCCCGCUCGUUGGAACCUGUCACAGACACCUUGCAGCAGAACCUCCCCCUAAGGAAGACGCACUCUGACCUCGACACAACCUUACCUGCAGACAGCUCCUCAGAGCAGCGUGCACAGGACCAAAUUCACCUAGGAACUAUGGACCACUCUGGGCUGCUAUGUUCAAACACACCUACAGCUUCCUGGAACGGACCUAAGGGCUCCACAUUUUCUCCUGGAGGGUGGAACGAAUCUUACAGCUACAGUAUGAACAAGGCCCCAGCAGUUCCUCCCAAACAGCACACAAUAAUCGGUAAUGCAGGAGGGAAUCAAGAGGGAGUGAUGUUGGUGGGCUCAGGACAGUCUAUGAGCUCACAUUCCAGUUCAUUUACAUCGGUGACGAACCCUUCUGGGAGAGGGGGGAAUAACUUACAAGGGAUAUCUUUGGCAGCAGCCAUGAUGGGGAAGCGGAGCGAGACAGAAGGGGCGGCAGCAGAUGGAGGGAGAGGAGGAGGAGGAGGGGGAGUUGGGGAGGCAGGGAGAGGACGGGAGAGAUCGGCACGUUCCAUCGCAGCAGCGAACGCCUUUAAGUUCAGGGAGCGUUCCCUUUCUACACCCACAGAUUCUGGCUCCUUUUGCUUUUCUGAUGGAGGUUUAAUCCAUUCAGAUGGGAACGGGAACGCUUUGACUAACAUGGACCACCAACCACAGCAUAAUAACUUCCUGGGGGAGAACUAUGCACUUAUGUACCCCAGAGGGAGCUCCGAGGAUAGUGCAAGUACCACAGACACCAUUUCUGUCACAGCCUCAGACUACAGCGCAGAUGGUAGGUUGCGCCUACGUUCACGCUCUAUCUCACUCAAGAAGUCAAAACGCAAGCCCCCACCUCCUGUGAGGAGCGUCUCGCUCAUGAAGAAUCUUGGCGAGGCCGAGGGGAGGAUUCACCACGAAGGUGGCCUUUACCGGGAUGGUCGGCCAAAGAGCUUGCACAUCCCAAGGGACCAUUAUCCAGACUUCCAGCCAGAUUUUCUUCUGCCAAGCUCAGCCUGCUCUUCUAAAGCUAAUGUUAACGAUCAGGAGCUGAACCAGAGAGGCCCUGAUGGACCUCCAAGUCUUGAGAUCCAAGCACCAGAGAGGGAGGUAGAGACAGACAUUACCUUCCAAAAUCACUGGCAGCUGGGGGAUUGGAAAAAUGACCCUUACAGGUCUCUGUCUGGUUCCAGCACAGCAACAGGUACCACCGUAAUUGAAUGUAUGAAAGUCAGAGGUAGUUCAGAGUCUCUGCUGGAUUCCCCUUCCACCUCCAGAGCCACUUCACCCUCGCAGCUGUCCAUAGAAACUGAUGUCAAAGCAUCCUCCCCCUUCAAACCACCAGGACUCAUGUCCCCUUCAAGUGGGUAUUCCAGUCAGUCAGAGACUCCAACCCCAACUGUCCCACAAAUGGCAGGUCAGGGGUCUGCAGGGACAAUUGGGACAUCAGGUUGUAAGUUGCGCCCCAAGAUCCCAGAGAGGAAAUCAUCGCUACCGUCACCCAAAGACCCAGCUGCAAGGUCAAGAUUGUCCUUUGAGAUGCCGGGAAAUGCACAUCUAGAGCUGUCAUCCCUCAAGCCAAAGCAGAAAGCCAGCAGACGGCAUUCUGACACCUCAACAGCAGCAAAACCAGGCAAAAUCAGUCCCAGUUCCUCACAAGCACUGCCCGUAGUUACCCAGAAUGAGCUAAAGACUAUAAGGCUUCGCUCUGUCUCCAGAGGUGACUUGGAGGACUGUCCCGAUGGGGCUUCAGACACCAUCGAAGAAGAACAGCACGGCCGAGACCUAGGUGAAGACCCAAGCCCUCCACCCACCCUACCAAAACCCAAACCUCCUGUUGCUGUCAAGCCCCCAUUGCCCAAGCGACCCAUCAACCUUCUCCUCAAGUCUCCUUCCCCCUCCUCCACAUCCCCCCUUGGCCUUGAUUCACCUCCUGCCUCACCUGUUGACCGACCCAUACCCUUAGGCAACAUCUACAAAGUCAUGAAAAAACCCAAACCCAAAAAACCUCCACCACAAACCGCAACAAGUCCCUCUGCUCCCUCAGAUUCGUCCACCCCUUCACAAACUACCUAUGAUCAUUCAUACCUCCCCAACUCCCAGUCCCUCUUUGAUCUUCCUCCUCUUCCAGACCCCCAGCCUCUUCUUGAAGACCCGGUGAUGGAACCGGAGUUAGAUGGUGACCAGGAGACUCGUCUCGGUCCUGCAGAUGGAGGAUCACUCCCCUCACCAUGCAGUAACCAGGAGGCCCCAGAGCUCCAGGACAAAAGCAAGACACUUCCCUCAAGGAUGACAAUCUCGUGUCUGGCAGAACUGUCAGAUAAAAAGAAACCCAAGGUUCCACCUCCAGUCCCCAAGAAGCCAAAUGUCCUACUUCUUCCCUCAUCAGUCCACUCGUCUACCAAUGGCAAUGGCAGCACAGAUCGGCAGAUUCCACAGGCUGACAGCCCUGUUGGCCUUCGCUCACCUGUGGGUGCAUUCUCACCUGACGAGUUUCCCAGUACCCCCAAUGUUCCUGAUAUGCCAGAGCAAGAGGAGAACCACUUGGGGACAGAUGAGGAGAGUUCUAAAGAGUCCUCUCUGCAGGAUUCCUCCCUGACCGAGUUAGGAGAGAAAAUGGCUAACACUGGCAUCAUGGAGGAAGACUCUGCAGCCAAUGAGAAGACAGUACUUCACAUUGCAGAGGAAACAGAUGACGACUUGUUGGCCAGCACACCUGCAGCUCACACCACCGAAGAUCUAUUCACUAUCAUUCACAGGUCCAAGCGAAAGGUUCUAGGUCGUAAAGAGCCGUCAGACUCCUUUGGCAGUCGCCAGAGCCUGGUGUCCCCAGUGAAGCACAGCACCAGUGGUGGGGACCUCCGGAACCUUACCUUAGGCAGCAGUCAGAGGUCAAGCUCUCGCAACGAGAACUUCAUGGCCCUACUUCAGAAGAAAGGCAGCAAGUCUUCCAGCGGAGGAACCAGGGUCUCUGCGAUGGAGCUUCUCAAAAGCACAAACCCCCUUGCACGACGCGUCACAGAGUUCUCCAACACUCCGUCGACAACCAGCGAGGGAGGAGACGCAGCAUCUGGGAACGGCAAACCCAACGAUCAGUGAGCGGUUUUGUUAACAGAU